AUAAAAAAAAAACUCAUCCUAGGAAAAUUGAUUUUUCGCUCAAACCGAAAGCAACACCUUGGCUUUGGCUUCAAUUACAUUUCUGGGAACCGAAUCGAACUUCGGCCUUAAUAGAGACAAAGGAAAGCCAAGACAAGAUGGCAGCAUCACAGGUUGACCAGAAACGUGCCCUCAACAAGCUGAAGCACGACUUGGAGCCCUUCCGGACGGCCAUCGUGGGAGCCUACGGCGUGCUCACCUGGGAGAAGCAGUACCACGCCGGAGUGGUGUUCGGCGCCACCAGCGUCCUUUACUUGGUCCUUUGGUAUCUGGACCUCUCGCUGAUCACCCUGCUGUCGCUCCUCGGACUGAUCAGCUUGGUAUUGGACUACAUAUUCCCAACGGUAUCGCGUCUCAUCUUUGGGGGAGUCAACUGGGAUGGCGACCAGGAGGCCAAGUUCGAGGAUGUCUGCGGUCAGGUUUGUGCUGUCAAGAGCAAUAUGGUGCUCUGGUACGAAUACCUCUUCAAGGAGCGCAAGUCCACAGUGUUCGUGAUCAUCAUAAGCCUGGGUCUCCUGGCUCUGGCCUGGAUUGGAGCCAUCAUCAACAAUCUUCUGCUCAUGUAUCUGGCCACCCUGCUCAUCGCCAUGUGGCCAGGGCUGCAGAACAAGGACGUCUUCAAAUCCAUCACCCAGAAGGCUUCGAAGAUCAUCAACGACAAGAUCCAGUGCGGCAAGAGGAAGCUGCAGUAAAGAGAAUAUCAACGCAGACUAGCAGAUACACUCAUCACCAUUUGACCAAAAAUUAUAAAACAAGCCUAAGUCAUCUACUUGCCAUCAUGCACACAUCGCAUCACUAAAUACACCCUCGAGCAUUGCAUUUGAAACUAUGAGUAUCGUAAAAGAUAAGAGCAGCACAUUGAAAGUUUUCUCAUCGGAAAUCUAGCAAAUCCCGUCGUGGUCUUGGCCCCAUCACAUCUCCUACUAUAAGUUUUUAACAUGUAAGACCGAAAGAAAUCUCGAAGCGAGGCGUACGGAGAGAGAAAAAGAACGCGCAACAAAAGACAAGACAUUUUUGUGAUUAUUUUGUGAGUUAAUUGAAAUUUAUGAUAAUCCCAAGUAAGAUACAAAAGAACUUAAGCGUCUAUUGAACUAUAUUUAAAUAAAGAUUUCAACUGAAUAGAUCGAA